AUGGCUCGAAAAAGCAACUUUGACGGUAAAUCUCUUCUAAGCCAGGUUGGAGGGCGGAGCACCAAAAAACGAGUAACGGACCUGCUCCUAGCUGAAGAUGACAUCUCAGAUGCUCCCUCCAGUGCGGGUAGCGCUUCACCACCUAAGAAGAGGAAGACAUCAAGGCCAGAGCCUGCUACGGAUGAUGAUCCGAUUAGCUCCUCAGAAGAGGAUACGCAAGCAAGCUGCUUGAAAACCGUUUCAGAGCCCAGAAGACGAGCUCGAGCUCAGUCUACCUACGAUUUUGAGGCCAAUUUUGCCCUCAUUGACGCUGAAGCUACGGCAAAGCCUCUUGAAAAAGCGGCAUUUACGAAACCAAACCAAAAGCAGACGAGGAGAGCGACGAGAUCGAACACCAUCACUCGUGAAGUUGAUGGGCAGAAGACGUCGAACACGUUUUCAUCGAAUAACCCUGGACUCGAUACAUUUUCAGUGCAUUUUUCACGUACAAAGAAAGGAAAUGGGAGGAGGUACGGGAAGAGCUUUUCCAAAAACACACAACCCUCUCCAAAAACGGAUGAGGUGAAGUUUAUUAUACCUCCGGAACCACUGGAUGAGUCGUCUUUAUCGGCUUCUGAUGAGCCCCAGUUCAAGGUCCCAAUUACGAUUGACAACCUUCCUGGCUCUCCAAUACCCACUAAUUCAUCCCGUGAUAUUGUUGAAACUCUCGUAUUUGAUACAGGCGUUGAUAGUCGUGAAUCCUCCCCGUUAAGCUCCGCACCUUCAGAGCUGGACGUACCCGCAGACGAGAAGAGAUGGUUGCCAGAGGAGUUUAUUUGUUGCCCGGCCUGCCGUGAACGACUUGAUCCGGAAUAUCUCGCCGAACACCAGCUUGAAAAUACCAAGGGCCUUAGUAUUAGAAAACAGCUACAAUUUUGUAGGCAGCAUAAGCGAUGGUCAGCUGAACGUGAUUGGAAUGUUCGAGGAUAUCCAGAUAUUGACUGGAAUGGCUUGGACGAACGUCUGGAGCGUUAUUUUGACGACCUAGAGCAAAUAUUAAUGCGCAAAAAGCCUUCUUUCUUCCGUAAUUCCUUGGAGUCUUCAAGUGGUGGAAGCAGUAAAAAAAAUACCUUCCGCCUUACUGCGAACAGCAACUUUGAUUCAAUGUCCUCCGGAUACUAUGGCCCACGUGGCUCGAAAAGGAUGGCCGACGCAAUUAUCUCCAAGUUUGCUUCCAAAAUACGGCGUAUCGCGUCAUCAGAUCCUCUAAUUCAAGCAGCCGGCGUAUCUGGCUACAUCCAAACUGUCUUAGUACCUGAACUCACCGUAAUGCUCGUUAAAGACGACAUUAGUGGGGACGACGAGAAUGCGCGUCAAAUUAUACGGGAGAGUAUGGUGAUUGGGGCCCUUGUAAAUGAAGAACAGGACGAUAUCGUUGAGAUUCACGAUGAGGGUAACACUCAAUUCUGA